AUGGAUAUUUUGAGAAUUAAGAAGAGAAGAAGUGCACAUAAGGCUGUGAUAACACGUCAACUUGGCAAAUUAGAAGAAUAUGCGGGCGAUAAUACGCACUUUAAUACCGUUUUUGAAACUCUACGUAACAAACUUAUGGCACUGGAAGAGAUCAACGAGGAGAUAAUGUCGCAAGUAGAUGAGAUAGACAUGGAGACCGAGAUGCUCGAGACUGAGGACUAUAUGCUGGAAGUUCGGAUACGAAUUGGAGAUUUGGAGGCUCAACACCGCGCUGCCGUGGAGAUCACCCGUUCCCCACAAAUUACCCUUGAGAAUAACACACUUGAGGAGCCCCUAAAUAGUAACAACCAUGAGACCGCACAACCCGUGCACAGUAACACCGAAGGAACUUCCGGGAACCGAAAUAAUAGCACAUCGGCUAAUAAAGUAAGUGAAAUUUCAAUUCAGUCUGCAACACAGUUUCAUAAACUUCCGAAGCUUACAUUACCAAAUUUUACUGGAGACAUUUUGGAGUGGCAAACAUUUUGGGACUGUUACGAGUCAAGCAUACAUAACAACAUGUCACUAUCUGAGGUGCAGAAAUUUUGCUAUCUGAAAACUCUAUUGUCCGACGAUGCUGCCAGUGUGAUUGAUGGUUUGAAUGUUACACAUGGAAACUAUUCAGAAGCUAUACAUUUACUCAAGGAACGUUUUGGUCAGACACAUAAAGUUGUAAAUGCGUACACGCAAGGUUUGUUGGAUUUACCUAGACCAACUUCCCAACUGUCCAGUCUAAGACCGUUUCAAGAAAAGAUGGAGGCAUAUAUCCGUGGUCUACAGUCCCUAGGUCAAGGUCAUGAGUCCUUUGGAAAUUUACUUAUACCAGUCAUACUUGAAAAACUUCCGGCGGAGAUCAAGCGGAACAUGACACGUGACCAUGGCGGGAGUGAAUGGUCACUUCCGGAACUUAGGAGAGCGUUAAAGAUGGAGAUCAAUAUAAUAGAUUCAGGCCAGCCAACACAGACUACAUAUGAACAUUUGGCAACUGCAUCUUUCCUUACAAGCACAAGACCAACACAAAAGAAGAAAUGUUUUCAACACAUACAAGAAGUCCAAAUACCCCAACGCCCCCAAUGUCCAUUCUGCAGUGAUAAACAUUUUGCUAAUGACUGUAAAAACAUCAUAAAUCCUAAGGAGAGAAAAGCCAUUAUUCAUCGCAAGAAACUGUGUUUUAACUGUUUAGGCAACCAUAUUGUUGCUUCCUGUCGCUCAAAACACCGGUGUAGAAAAUGCAACCGGAAACACCAUACCAGUAUUUGCGAUCAGAGUAUCGGAAGCUCACUGAACACAUCGGCUCCAAGUUUCGUCCCUACUUCCGGUAGUGAAGCAACAACGCAUCUUACUUCCGGUUCCAGUGCACAAUCGGCCAUUCUACAUUCUGCAACACAAAGUAGAAACAACGUUUUACUGAAGACUGCUGUUGCUGAGGUUACUUCCGGUCACGCCUGUGCUAAAGCAAACAUUUUAUUUGACGAAGGAGCGCAGCGUUCAUUUAUUACUCAUGAACUCGCCGAAACACUACAAUUACAGAGACGCGGGUCUGAAGUUGUCCAUCUGGCUGCAUUCGGGGCGGAGUCCAAGAAAGUCGGCCAUUUUGAAACCGCCACAGUUUACCUGAUAACUGACAACUCAGAGAAAAUUGCCAUUGAUGUCUUAAUUGUGCCGUCUAUUGCUGUCCCUUUACGUAACCAAAUACGAGCUGCCACACAUUUGCCAUAUUUACGAGGUUUGAAACUAGCCCACCCAGUACCGGAAGUUGACACAUUCAACAUAUCAUUACUUAUUGGAGCGGAUAGAUAUUGGGAGAUAAUUGGAGACCGUAUUAUACGGGGCGACGGACCGACAGCUGUCCAGUCAAAAAUUGGUUUUCUUCUGUCCGGACCACUUCCGGUGACGUCAUCAAGCACAGCUACGAACUACAUUAUGAACAUUAUUACAUCUGCACCAGAUUAUAAUGAUCUUGAGCGAUUCUGGAAAUUAGAAUCCAUCGGCAUUUUACCCGCAACAGAAGAAAAGGCUUCUGACUACUUGCAUAAUUAUCAGAAGAACUGCAUUACCUUUGAAAAUGACAAGUAUACUGCCUCGUUACCAUGGAAACCUGAUCACCCUAAUUUACCCGACAACUAUAACAUCACAUUAAGAAGAACUCAGAACACCAUACGACGAUUACGUGAAGACCCCCCUUUACUACAAAAGUACGACGGCAUAAUUAAAGACCAGGAAAAGAGAGGAUUUAUAGAGAAAGUGAAUGUUUUAUCAAGUGAGCGUCCCGUGCACUAUAUCCCACAUCACGGAGUAAAGAAACAUUCGGCCACCACCCCUAUCCGUAUUGUGUUUGACUGUAGUUGUCGUCAAAACAAAAAUUCACCGAGUCUUAAUGAUUGCCUUGAAUCAACCCCUCCUCAGAUCAACGAAUUGACGAGUAUUUUAGUGAACUUUAGAAAGCACAGAUAUGCCGUCUGCACAGAUAUUGAGAAGGCUUUUCUUCAAAUACAACUCCACGAGAAUGAUCGUGACGUCACACAAUUUAUAUGGUUGAACGACAUUUAUGAUCCAAAUAGUGACCUUACAACAUACAGAUUCAAGUCCGUACUUUUUGGUGCCACAUGUUCACCAUUUAUACUUCAUGCCACUUUAACCAAGCAUCUGAGUGCCAAUGAUCAUAUUUGGGUGAGUGCAAUACUUAAGAAAGACUUAUAUGUUGAUAACGUGAUGUCCAGUUUUUCUGACGAGAGUACUCUACUUGACUACUUCCAGAACACACGCAAAUUGAUGACAUCUGCUGGUUUUAACUUACGGACCUGGAGCUCUAACAACAGUUCCCUGCGCAGCCUAGCGGAAGCGGAAGAAGUAGCCGAAACUGAAGAAAUAACUAGCAUCCUUGGAAUGAAAUGGGACUCGAUAUCAGACCAGAUUUUCUUAGCACAGAAGACAAUUUCUACUUCCCAAUUUAUGACAAAACGUGUCAUACUCAAGGAAACAGCGAAGAUUUAUGACCCCCUUGGCUUCCUGACCCCACUCACAAUUCGUGCAAAAAUCCUACUUCAAGAUAUUUGGAAGCAAAAGUUCGAGUGGGACAUGUCCCUACCAGAUGACCUACAGACCCAAUGGUAUAACUUUGCUAAAGACUUAAACAGUGUAAUCCCUACCAGAUACCCGAGAAGUUACUUCAAGGAAACUGACUCUUUGGCAUUUACGUCCGGUAUAGGCGACAGUGCUGCCAGCGCAUCCUCAGAUAUUCAUCUUCAUGUGUUUUGUGACGCCAGCCUUAAGGCCUAUGGAUCAGUAAUAUACAUUACACGUGGUGACCAGUCUGCACGUGUUAUAUCAAGGACACGUGUCGCACCUUUGAAGCUUCUGACAUUACCAAGACUUGAACUUAUGGCUGUAGUGAUUGGUUCAAGACUUCUGCAGCACGUGCUACAGACGAUACCUACAGCAUCCGUACACAUGUGGUCUGACAGUCAAAUUGUUCUACACUGGCUGUCAUCCAACCGGAAGUUGAAAACAUUUGAACAGAAUAGAGUGACUGAAAUACACAAUCUUACAGAGAACAGAAGGUGGAUGUACUGUCCAACCGAGCACAAUCCGGCUGACAUGUUGACAAGAGGAAUUACAGCUACUGAAUUUCUGAAGAGUAGAUUAUGGGAGAAAGGUCCUGAUUGGUUAACUGAUGAAAGUCGAUACCCGAGCCAACCAGCUGUUGUAACAACUGUUUUACUCGCAGAAGAACAAGAUGAUACACUUGUUACCAUGACAACCUACGACAUUCACAAUGUCAUUGAUAUCAAUAGAUUUAGCCGUUACAGAAAGCUUCUUAGGGUGACAGCCUAUAUGAUGAGAUUCAUUCAACAUUGCCGAUCUGCGAGAACUUCCGAUAAUACGUCAACUCUGACGUUAACUGUAAAAGAACUUGCCGAUGCUGAGAAGAUGUGGCUUCAUAAUUGCCAAGCAACCACCUACAGCGCUGAGAUUACAUGUAUCAAGACCGGAAGGAGAAACCUAACGCUUGUUAGGCAACUACAAUUAUACCUUGACAAUAAUGGCUUCAUUCGCUGUGGUGGUAGGAUUCAUAACGCCCCUUUAGCUGAGCAAACCCGAUUCCCAUAUCUGCUUCCGUCAAACCACCAACUGACGAAACUUGUAAUUUAUAGACGCCCAUGA